AUGGUUUUCUCUUACGGCCGUGUGCUUACGGCUGCCUGUGCCCUGAUGGGUACCGCCGCCGCUGUCACCACUCUUGAGGUGGAUGGCAAGGACUUUGUCAAUUCUGAAACCAAGGAGCGUUUCCAGAUCAUUGGCGUAGACUACCAGCCCGGUGGUCAAUCCGCCUUCAACGGCAAGCAGGAUCCCCUGAGCCAGCCCGAUGCCUGUCUCCGUGAUGCUACUCUUAUGCAGCAACUGGGUGUGAACACUAUCCGUGUUUACAACAUUGAACCCACCCUCGACCACAACGAGUGCGCUUCCAUCUUCAAUGCGGCCGGCAUCUAUAUGAUCCUCGAUGUCAACUCCCCCUAUUCCACUGGCUCGCUGAACCGAGCAGAGCCCUGGAACAGCUACAACGCCGGUUACUACAAGCAGGUGUUCGGUGUUAUCGAGGCCUUUAAGGCUUUCGAUAACGUCCUCGGUUUCUUUGCUGGUAACGAGGUCAUCAACGAGGAUGCUACCUGGAGCGCUCCCGCCUACGUUCGUGCUGUUGUUCGUGAUAUGAAGGAGUACAUCAAGAACAAUGUCGACCGCACCAUCCCUGUUGGUUACUCUGCUGCUGAUAUCCGUGAUAUCCUCAUGGACACUGCCGCCUAUUUUGAGUGCAACCUCAGCAACUCAACUGAGUCUACUCUCGACUUCUUCGGUCUGAACUCUUACUCCUGGUGUGGUGAUGCUUCUUACACCUCGUCCGGAUACAAUGUUCUGACCGAGGACUUCUCCAACGCCACCCUGCCCGUCUUCUUCUCCGAGUACGGAUGUAACGAGGUCAAGCCCCGUACCUUCACCGAGGUCCAGGCUCUGUACGGCGAGGACAUGACCCAAGCUUUCUCCGGUGGUCUCGUGUACGAGUGGACUGAGGAGGAUAACGAGUACGGUCUUGUCAACAUUAACAGCUCCUCCGUCGUCACCACCCUGGUCGAUUUCGACAACCUCAAGAAACAGUUCGCCAAGAUCGAUAUGGACCGCAUCCAGACUGCUAACAAGACCCAGACUAGCGCUGAGGCUCCUAACUGUGCUGCUAGCCUCAUUACCUCCGGAUCCUUCUACAAUGCUUGGGACCUGCCCGAGGCUCCCUCCAAGGUCUCCGACUACAUUAAGAGCGGUCUGCCCGACGCCCCCACCGGCUCUGUCGUGUCUGUCACCAGCACCACUCUCUCCCAAACCGUGUACGACUACACUGGUGCCAAGAUUACUGGUCUCGCAUUCAAGGUUCUGAGUGACGGCGAGUCUGCUGGUCCUAGUGGUACCUCUUCGUCUUCGUCGUCCACUGCAACUUCUUCCUCUACGAAGAACGCCGCAAUGGUCAACAGCGCUCCCGUUGCUCUUGGUGGUAUCAGCGGCUUCUUCAUGCUGCUUGCUUCUUUGAUGUAA